GCUUUCCACCAACACUUAGGAAAAAACCCUAGUAGGACAACGUACACGCAGUCACGCUGUGUCCGCCUCUUGCAGAUGCGUACAACCCGCAAAGUAUCGGUAUGGCCUGUGGGACUGGUAGGAGGACGACGAUACGAGCGCCCGGUUGUGGAAAACGGCAAAGUUGUUGGCUGGUACACGGGCUGGAGAGCUGACAGGCCUUUUGCUAUUGACAUGGCAGGGUUUGCAGUGAGUCUUCAAGUGAUUCUGUCGCAUCCGAAAGCCGUAUUCAAGCGUCGUGGUUCUCAACCAGGAAUGCAAGAAUCUGAUUUUCUGAAACAGAUAACAACAGUGGAGGAACUGGAACCAAAAGCAAACAACUGCACAAAGGUUCUCGUAUGGCACACACGAACAGAAAAAGUAAAUCUAGCUAAUGAGCCAAAAUACCAUCUGGACACAGUCAAUAUUGAGGUGUGA